GAUGGACCCAAAAGUACCUGCUCAUUAAGAAAAGUAUAUACACUUGUUUUAAUCAUCUUAAAAAUCUUGGCUUUUUAAAGUUAAUGCAACGUCCACAGCAACAUAAACCAAGCCACAGCCAGGAUUGUUUUUGCUGAUUGGGGGGCCACGACCCAAAUGGCUAUAUAACAAGGAGGCCUGUUUCAUGAAACCAUCCCAAAACCAGAAGAGCGAGAGAGAGAAAAUCAGCCUUUUCCUUAAUGCCCUUUUCUCUGCUUCUUUGAAGGGAAGACAGAGGAUCCAUUGUUUCUACCCAAGUUACCUGUACCUUGCCAUUUUCUCUACAACUCAAUUUGACCUUUCAGAUACCGUUUUCCCUCUUCCAAACACUGUCUUCCCACUUCCUUUUUCCUCAUUUCAAAGUUUCUCUGGGUUUUUCUGCAACUUUUUGUUUUCAAUUGUAUUGAUUAAAGUGCGAAAUGGGUGUUGGUGGGACUCUGGAGUACUUGUCAGAUUUGGUGGGCAGUAGCCAUAAACACAAGAAGAAGAAACAGCUUCAAACUGUGGAACUCAAGGUCAGAAUGGACUGUGAUGGCUGUGAACUCAAGGUCAAGAAUGCCCUCUCUUCACUCAGUGGGGUGAAAUCUGUGGAGAUAAACAGGAAGCAGCAGAAGGUGACGGUUACAGGAUAUGUUGAAGCAAGCAAGGUGCUAAAGAAGGCAAAAUCGACGGGGAAGAAGGCAGAGAUAUGGCCGUAUGUUCCCUAUAGCUUAGUGUCACAGCCUUACAUUGCUCAGGCUUAUGACAAGAAGGCACCACCGGGGUAUGUCAGAAAUGUGGAGCACACUGCCUCCACUGCUUCUGUUACCAAAUAUGAAGACCCUUACAUCAACAUGUUCAGUGAUGACAACCCAAAUGCCUGCUCUAUAAUGUAAUGUAAUUCUGGUACAAGUCUAAUGUUUUGUACCACUCUCUGUCUUUGUGACAGUUUCUUCUUCUUUUUAAGUCUCUCUCCCUCUCUUCUGCUAAUAUUUUUGUCAUCGGCUCAAUAAUUCUGGUAUGAUACGAUAUAUUACUAUGUGUAAUGGAAUCAUUUUAUUGAGAAGAAAGGUCAACUUGGGAUAAA